AUGGAUAGAUACGGAGCUUUGAUUCUUAUUUUGCUCACAUCCGUUUCUCAGCUUGUUUCAUUCUCAACGGCUAGAAAUAUUCCAGGAGAAGAAUUUUUACCGGUGACAGAUGGCGUCAUCAUCUCUGGAGAGGUAUCUGCUCUCUCUAAGACGGUCAAAGGGAAGCUGGCGACGGUGGUGGGGUGCGAAAGCGAGGAUGAUCACUUCAUGGCGGGAUAUUCGUCUUCUCCGGGAGUCUAUGUAGCCGGAAUAUACGGGUCGUUGGUGUUGAACGUUCUUCCAAAAGGGUCAGUUCCGGCGUCUGGGCCCAGCAAGAGAAUCAACGACGUCAAGACUUAACAAUAGACUACUAUCUUUGUCACCAUCCUCAUGAAAUGUCAUGUAUGACCAAAGAAAUUUUUCCUAUAGAUAUUCUUUAUUUUUAAGAAAAUGUAACUCUUUGUAGAAAACUGUAAAUAUCAAAUUCUAUAGUCUAUUAUCAUGUACGUUACAUGUUGGCCUUUGAGCCUUUUUAAUUUUAAGGAUUUGUAUGUCAACAAUUUAUUUUAAAUUUUCAAAAAAAAUCACGUAUUAUGAGAA